CUCUCCGUCGGACGCGCUCGGGGCCCGCGGCUGGGUGGCGGGCACUUCCCGCCGGCUCUGCGCGUCCGCCCGGGGGCUCGCUCGGCAGCGCAGGCGGCGGCGGCGGCGGCGGAGCGCUCGGCGCGGCGGGCGGACGGGCCGGGCCCGAGCUGCGCGGGGCUGCGCGCGCCGCCCCUGCUCCCGCCGCCCGGGCCCGCGGCCGGCCCUGCUGCGCCCUGCGGCGGCCCCCGCGGCGGCUCCCGGGGCUCCGGCGGCCCGCGCCCCGGUGCGUCCCUUUGUCCGCGGACCGGGCGGGCGGCGAGGGCGGCGUCCGAGGGGCCGCAGGAGGGAGCCCGGCGGCGGCGGAGCGGCCCCUGCCCGGCGGCCGGCCGCGCGCGCCGCGGCGAUGCCGGACCAGAUCUCCGUGUCGGAAUUCGUGGCCGAGACCCAUGAGGACUACAAGGCGCCCACGGCCUCGAGCUUCACCACGCGCACGGCGCAGUGCCGCCACACCGUGGCCGCCAUCGAGGAGCCUCCGGUGAGGAUCGUCAAGUGCUGGCCACGUGCCUGUGGGAUAGCACAGGUCCCGGGCAUCCCGUCACGCUGUGCACGGGGCUCAGACCUCGCCCUUCACAGCAGGGCCCACCCCGUGAGCCUGGCAGACAUCAGCGUCUCAGACCCACCUCAGGCCUGUGAGUCAGAGCCCAUCGAGCAGGCACACCAGGCUCUGGACGUGGACCGGAUGGUUCUGUACAAAAUGAAGAAAUCCGUGAAAGCGAUCAACAUCUCCGGGCUGGCGCACGUGGAGAACGAGGAGCAGUACACGCAGGCGCUGGAGAAGUUUGGUGGCAACUGCGUGUGCAGAGACGACCCGGACCUGGGAAGCGCCUUCCUCAAGUUCUCAGUGUUUACCAAGGAGUUGACGGCCCUUUUCAAAAACCUGAUUCAGAACAUGAACAACAUCAUCUCCUUCCCUCUGGACAGCUUGCUGAAGGGGGACCUGAAAGGCGUGAAGGGGGAUCUGAAAAAGCCUUUUGAUAAAGCCUGGAAGGACUAUGAAACCAAAAUCACCAAAAUCGAGAAGGAGAAGAAGGAGCACGCCAAGCUGCACGGGAUGAUCCGCACGGAGAUCAGCGGCGCCGAGAUCGCCGAGGAGAUGGAGAAGGAGCGGCGGUUCUUCCAGCUGCAGAUGUGCGAGUACCUGCUGAAGGUCAAUGAAAUCAAGAUCAAGAAGGGAGUGGACUUACUUCAGAAUCUGAUCAAGUAUUUUCAUGCCCAGUGCAAUUUUUUCCAGGAUGGACUGAAGGCCGUGGAAAACCUCAAGCCCUCCAUCGAAACGCUUUCAACAGAUCUCCACACAAUCAAACAGGCCCAGGAUGAGGAACGAAGGCAGCUGGUGCAGCUCCGGGAUAUUCUGAAAUCAGCAUUGCAGGUGGAGCAGAAGGAGGACUCGCAGCUGCGCCAGAGCACAGCCUACAGCCUCCACCAGCCGCAGGGCAACAAGGAGCACGGCACCGAGCGCAGCGGCAGCCUCUACAAGAAGAGCGACGGGAUCCGGAAAGUGUGGCAGAAAAGGAAGUGCUCCGUGAAAAACGGGUUUCUGACCAUAUCGCACGGAACGGCGAACCGGCCCCCCGCCAAGCUCAACCUCCUCACCUGCCAAGUGAAGACCAACCCCGAGGAGAAGAAGUGCUUCGACCUCAUUUCGCAUGACCGCACGUACCACUUCCAGGCCGAGGACGAGCAGGAGUGCCAGAUAUGGAUGUCUGUGCUGCAGAACAGCAAGGAGGAAGCCCUGAACAACGCGUUCAAGGGCGACGACCCCCCCGGGGAGAACAACAUCGUGCAGGAGCUGACCAAGGAGAUCAUCGCGGAGGUGCAGAGGAUGACGGGCAACGACGUGUGCUGCGACUGCGGGGCGCCAGACCCCACGUGGCUCUCCACCAACCUGGGCGUCCUGACCUGCAUCGAGUGCUCGGGCAUCCACCGCGAGCUGGGCGUGCACUACUCCCGGAUGCAGUCGCUCACCCUGGACGUCCUGGGCACGUCCGAGCUGCUGCUGGCCAAGAACAUCGGGAACGCGGGCUUCAACGAGAUUAUGGAGAGCUGCCUUCCAGCCGGGGACCCCGUCAAGCCCAGCCCGGGCAGCGACAUGAACGCCAGGAAGGACUACAUCACGGCCAAGUACAUCGAGAGGAAGUACGCGCGGAAGAGGCACGCGGACGGCCCGGCCAAGCUGCACAGCCUGUGCGAGGCCGUCAAGACGAGGGACAUCUUCGGGCUGCUCCAGGCCUACGCCGACGGCGUGGAUCUCACGGAGAGGGUCCCCCUGGCCAACGGGCAUGAGCCGGACGAAACCGCCCUGCACCUGGCCGUCAGGUCCGUGGACCGGACCUCGCUGCACAUCGUGGACUUUCUGGUCCAGAACAGCGGGAACCUGGACAGACAGACGGGGAAGGGCAGCACGGCCCUGCACUACUGCUGCCUGACGGACAACGCCGAGUGCCUGAAGCUGCUGCUGCGCGGCAAGGCCUCCAUCGAGAUCGCUAACGAGUCGGGGGAGACGCCGCUGGACAUCGCCAAGCGCCUGCGGCACGAGCACUGCGAGGAGCUGCUGACCCAAGCCUUGUCUGGAAGGUUCAACUCCCACGUGCACGUGGAGUAUGAGUGGCGGCUGCUGCCCGAGGACCUGGAUGAGAGCGAUGACGACGUGGACGAGAAGCUGCAGCCCAGCCCCAGUCGGCGGGAAGACCGGCCGGUCAGCUUCUACCAGCUGGGCUCCAGCGCCGCGUCGGUGGCCAAGGACAAGCAGAGGGGCUUCACGCCCAACAUCGUGCAGAACGAGACGUACGGAGCCGUCCUGAGCGGCAGCCCGGCCCCCAGCCAGCCCGCGGCCCCCGGCGCCCCCCCGCUGCCCCCGCGGAACGUGGCCAAAGCCCAGGCCGCCUCCGCUAACGCCCUGUGGAAGACAAACUCUGUGGGUGUGGACGGUGUCAGCCGGCAGCGGUCCUCGUCCGAUCCGCCCGCUGUCCACCCGCCGCUGCCCCCUCUCCGCGUGACGUCGACCAACCCCCUGGCUCCCUCGCCGCCCGCUCCCGCAGCAAAGAUGCCCGGUGCCCUGGAAGCCCUGAGCCAGCAGAGCAAGCUGACCCCGCCGGGCAAGUCCACAGCCCCGCCCCUGCCGCAGCCACAGCCGCCCAGCCGCCUCCCGCAGAGGAGGCCUGCUCCGGGGACUGACAAGUCGACCCCACUGAUCAGCAAAGGCCAGCCGCGAGGCCCUGCAGCGGACGUCUCCGGAACAGAAGCUCUGGGUCCUCUGUCCAACACCCCGGCCCUGCAGCCCCCCGCGCCCAUGCCCAGGAAGUCACAGGCGGCCAAGCUGAAGCCCAAGCGGGUGAAAGCCCUCUACAACUGCGUGGCCGACAACCCAGACGAGCUGACGUUCUCCGAAGGGGACGUGAUCAUCGUGGACGGGGAAGAGGACCAAGAGUGGUGGAUCGGCCACCUCGAUGGAGACCCCAGCCGCAAAGGGGCGUUUCCCGUGUCUUUUGUGCACUUUAUCGUGGACUGAAUCGCUACUGAACAAGCACCCUUAGCAGCGACGUUCCUGUUCGUCAUUGGUACCCGCGCUCUUGCCAGAAACCAGUUUCAGGAACUGUAGGCCCACUUGCUUGAAUGCCACUCACCGUUCUGUUUUUAAAACUCACAGGCAAUUUCUAUCUACAAAUGGAUCGUUUUUUAUAAUUUGUGAUUUUCAUGAAACACGGCUCUACUUUUAUUAGGAAAAACUGAAUUGCCUAAAAGGUGAGCUAAAAAGCUAUUUUAACUACACAGUCAAGAUCCCGAAUCGACAGAAUUAGCGGAACCCGAUUCGAGGACCGGAAAUUCUGCCUGCUCUCCUUGGCCCGAUGACGACGUCGGUGCUCGCCAGCUGCUUGUUGUUUAGGAGGCUACAUGCUAUCAGUUCCCCUUUAGAGACCUUUUAAAAAUGCCUUCUUAAGAUUUCCCUUGAAAGCCACCCAGUGUUCAGUUGAAGCCACUUGGAAAUGGACACUAGCAUUGUACACUCCAACCCUGAUGUGUGAGGGUGCGGCGCUCCUUGUGUUCUGCAUGUGUGUGUCACCUGUUGUGAACAGUCCAUCCUCCCUAACAAGACUGCCAAUAGCCGAUUGUGGCGCACGACAUAACAGUUCAUUCGGUUCCAGGGCGGGUGACACUGCGUUUCCUGAGUUCGGUUAAAAACUGACGACGAUGGAUUGCAAAGGGGUUCUCCCCACUCGCUUGGAUGCUCUAGGUGUUUGGGGAACGGCCUUCCUGAGCUCCCUCCAUUGCACAGGUAGCCCGCGUGCGGCCCCGCUGUUGCCACCCACUUGUUUCCCAGAGUGUGCCCGCCUUCUCUUCUCGCCUGAGAACGCCCCAGUCUAGUGUCUGGUAUUUAUAUCCCACGCCAAUAGGUUGGUGGUUACACUGUCUUGACAUUUAAUCUUCCUUCCUUGGUAGCCAAGCGCAUAUCAGAAACCCGUAGGCCCCGGGAAUGAAACACGCCCGGACAUCCCAGUUUCUCUAAGCGUCAUAUCGUUCUUACACUUAAGCUCCUGGGGCUAGGGGGUUAGGUUGUAUGUGAUCAAAUCAACUCAUUAGUUUGAUGAACUCGACUGUCAUACCUCUACCUAGUCAUUGAGCGUGUUCACGGGAGGAUGUGGGAAACGCCGGCUCUGUGAGGAGAAACGGGCGGAAGCGCCCACCUGGCUUUUUACCGCCAGCCCAGGCCUGAGCCGCAGUGCAGGCUCGGAGAGGAGAGCGGGGCGGCGGCGCCUUGGAGCGGAGCAGCCCGGGUCACGCGGGUCCUUGUAAGUGUAGGAUGUUUGCUUUUGUUUGUGAUUGUGUUGUUUUUCGUUGCUAUUCUAAAGGAAGACAGAACUGGAAUGUUUUAUGAUGUAUGCCCAUUGCUCUUUGCCUGUCACAGUUCCAGGUAAAGUGUGUUAGCUGUAUAAUUAGUCUUAUUUUUAAAGCACUACAUCUCUUUUCACUGAUUGUUAGCUUCUGUUGUUUGAACCCUCCAUUUAGUUAACUUUCUCGCAGAUUUAAGGAAGUGAACGGAUGUGUUUUUUGCACCACGCACUUACUUUAACACAGUCCCCCCACAUCUGCCUCUUACAAUCCGCCUUUGACUCCUCGGUGCCACUAUGUGAGAAUUAAAUACCACUCCCAAUCUAAUGUCCCAGGCUCGCUGGGACAGACAUCCAGGAAAUACUUUCCAGGCUACAGUUUGGUGGUGCUAUUGUGCAUAAUGGAUAUGACUCUUGUCAGAGGAGAAAUCAUCAACUUCCCUGCUGAUAGCCUUUCCUACUUAUUUGCUCUCUGCAAAUAAAUUUAAAAAGUGAGAGAAAGGAAAGCGUUGUAGAUAUCUAUUUAUAUUCCAGGUUUAUGUUUCAUGAACUUCGCUACGGGAUCCUGGCAUUGUGUGUGCCCCUGGUCAGGUCUGACUGCAGGCAUGAGGACUGGGAAACAGGCAGACCCCGUGUGCUCUGCUGAGGGUGGGCACUGCCACAUGCAGCUGGAAAUGCUCGGAGAUGUAUGAUACUCGAUUCAUCCACUCGAUUCCUUUGGUCUAGUUGCAGCGCAACUGUACAUAUUGUAUAACCUAAAUCCUUAUUUUCAUUGUCCUCGAUGCGGUGAUUUAUACCUAGAGCAUGUUAAUAAGUCUACUCUUCUUGGUGACUAGUCAUUUGACUAGAAAAAAUAAAAUACUUUUAAAUGGA